AUGCCAAAGUUUGGUCAAGUUCUAAGAUCAGGUUUUGUUGUUAUUAAGAUCGCCGUUUCGUUGGGCUACUGUGCGACAACCAUUUUGACGACUUUCGACAUCAGCGAAAAUGGAAUUUACGAUUGCACCACCAACAAUGGUCCUAAGACUCUGAAAAUUGGGAGUCAGAUUCAGUUCAGCUACGGCUAUAUGCGCCAGGUCUUGAAAGAUACUUUUUCCGAGAAUGUUGGUUUGCAGUGA